UUUUGACUUAUAAGCUUUAUAUCAAAUAAUAUUCUAACCAUAUUACGCCAUAUUAUUUUUGACUUGUAAUAUUGAACAAUUUUGUUAUUUCUAACUAGUUAUAAUUAUUGUAAUAUUUUUGUAAUAGAAUUGACUAAGUAAUAUGUUCGGAACACUAAAUUUUUAUUCGUUUAUUCGGUUGCUAAUGUUUGGUUGGAUCGCUGAGUUUCGCUUUCUUCUCCCAAACCCAGAGAGGUUUUAUUAAAUCCUAACUCUAUGUUCUUUUUUAUUUGAUGGUAAUUUUUGAAAUUUUGUUGCUUUGAUUUGGAGUACGGAUGAAGUUGAGUUUUUUAGUUGUUUGAGGAAUUUGAUCCGUGGAAUUUGAUGAUUCUGCAUUUUGUUGCAUAAGACGAGAGAAUGUGAUUUCGCGUGUUUGGUUGUUGGAGGGCUGAUCGGUGAUCAGACUCUGGAAUUGGACAAUAAGACCUGUUUGAAUUUUAAUUUAUGUUCAUUUUUGUGCAAUGGAAACUUUGUGAACUGAAUUAUGUGAUGAUGAGGAAAAGAAUCGCAGGAAUUCUGGUCUUUUCGUUUAGAUUGACUUUUUAAGAAACUGUUUGUUUUUUUAUAUGUUUUUUUAUGAUGAUUAGAGUGAUCAAUUGAUGGUUGGGGCCUGUCUCAUAGUCUUCAGCUGGAAACUUGCGUGAUUAUUUCGAAAAAAGAGAAUAUUCGGUUGAAUGUUGUGUGGUUGUUGUUGGAUCAGGAACUCUUUCUUACGUAAUUUCUGAUGUCCUUUCUCUGAGGAUUAUGGAUUCCUCUUAUUGUCAAUCUCUAGUGGUUUUGUUGUUUUCAUUGGAUAUUUGACUUGGAAAUGAUGUUACAGCUUUUAAGGGUUUUUGAACUGGGUUUUGUAUCAUCUACAUUUAUCAGCGGUUCUGAAUGUUAGAGAUCAUUUCAUCUUAAUUUGAAUUUUGUUGGUUUCUCUUUUAUCAUCGUUGUUCUUUUGGCUGUAUCUCACUUCCUCUGACUAUGCACUAAUCAUAUCUUUGGUUGAUGUUCUGUAGAUUGUGGUUGAUAUUGCAGUGCAGCCUCAUUUCAUUUGAAUUUCUGUAUUUGCUCUGCUGCUGAGUUAUGGUGUCGAAAAAGAGGCUGGGUUAUGGAUUCCGCGGUUACCGGGGCCCUGUUAUUCCCAGAGCUCCUAGAUCUAUUAGGAAGAGAGUCCCACACAAGAAAUUGGUAGAGGAAAGCCAACUUUGCGCCUUUGAAUUGCUUGCAGCUGUAGCUGGAAAGUUGUUAUUUGAGAGUGAAAGUUCUGCUUCUAGUAAUGUAGCAGAAGCGAAAUCCCAGCUCGGCAGUUCCAGAGACAGAAAUGAGAAACGGCAGCCUAGAGACGAUAAAGCUCUGAAAUCGGAAAGAUUAGACCAUGGAAGUUGUGCUGAGAGUGCAUUUGUUCCAAAAGUUUGUGUUGAGGAUCGUAAUCUCUUCAACUGUAAGGGUAUUCCGCAAGCAGAAAAUGAUCAGGUUGUUGAGCUGACUGCUGUACAUGUAAGUUCUGAUUUCCAACAGAAACUCGAUUGUGUUAUAAAGCUUGGGAUUUCUGUGGAGAAGAGUCUGGAUGAAAAUGCUACAUGUAAAAUAGAAAGCUCCAAUUUCAUUGGUGAGAGUCUUAACAGCAAAGUAGAGAGUGGAUCAGAAGUGCAAUCACAGGAUGACAAAAAUCAGAUAGGUCUCUUAUCAAUGGCUAACACAUCGACUGUAAAUGAUCCAAUCGGUGAAUAUGUGAAUACUAAUGUUCUGUCUGACCCAGAGAGUAGCGUCAAGUUUCCUUUGUACAGAGACUCGAAACCUGAUGCUUUGUUGAAGAAGCGUUACAACAAUGUAAAGUUAGGCACUAGAGAUGAUGACGAAAAUUCUUUUAGGUGCAAUAAGUCUAGCACCAAGAGUAGGCCCUUGAGGCCACAACCUCGUAUUUUACGUCAUAGAAUGAGGAAAAUGAUGACGUCCAAAUACUGGAGAGCAACUCCCAAGCUGAUGGAUUACGAACUUUAUAGCACCAGUGAAGGAAUGAAGACAUUUUACCGGUAUAGAAAGAGCAUGCAUGCACGAGAAAGGUGUGAACAAGCACCUCUUAAGAAAAGGAAAUUAUCUGAUCGCAGCUUUAGUGUUGCAAUUGAUCAGGAGCAGAGCAGUGAUAGCAUCUUCAAUUUGCCUGAGAAGGCUAGUGGAGCUUCAAUUAAAGGUCACGCAAAAGCAAAGGAUCCUAAUGUGACAUUUAGCAUUAAGUCCUUCAAGGUACCAGAGCUGUACAUUGAUGUCCCUGAAACUGCAACUGUUGGCUCUCUGAAGAGGACUGUUGUGGAUGCAGUUGCGGCUAUACUUGGCGGUGGAAUAAGAGUUGGGGUAAUUUAUCAAGGGAAGGUCAGAGAUGACCAAAGGACUUUGCAGCAAGCUGGUAUUUCUCAGUGUGCCAACCCUGAUAACCUUGGUUUUAUAUUAGAACCGACUUUCACACAUGUUUCCCCAUCCGAGACUCCUAAGAAACCUCCUAUGUUAUUUCCAUGUGCAGACCGACCCUUGCCUAGGUCUCCUAUCUCCCCAACGACUCGUUCAGGGGUGUCAAAUGCCUCAGUGGACCCUCCGCUUGUUACAAAGUCAGACAAUGUGGACAACAAUGAAUACAUAUUGUCUCCAACGACCCCUGAUAAUAAGCUAACAGAUGGAGCCAUUCUCGACUCCAAGGCAUUGAUACCAGCCCCUGCCCAUCCAAUGAAUGUGGAGCCCCUUGCUGCAAUUCCAGCAAAUUUUAAACAUAAACGCAGUGAGAUGUCACAGCGUAGAACUAGGAGACCGUUCUCCGUGACAGAAGUGGAAGCACUAGUUGAAGCUGUUGAAACGCUGGGAACUGGAAGGUGGCGCGACAUUAAAAUGCGUGCUUUCGAGGAUGCUGAUCAUAGAACAUACGUCGACUUGAAGGAUAAAUGGAAGACACUGGUCCAUACAGCCAGCAUUUCCCCUCAGCAGAGACGGGGAGAGCCCGUGCCACAUGAGUUGCUGGACCGUGUUUUAUCUGCGCACUCCUAUUGGUCGCAGCAUCAGUCGAGACAACACGGUAAGCACCCAGCAGACCCUUUGAAUGUCGAUUCUCGCGAGGUGAUCCUUGGAGCUUGAAGGAUCGAAAUAUAAUGUUGUUGAUUGUAAAAUGAUGUUAUUUUAGGAUUAUUUUGUAACAAUGAAGCUGUAAAAAUGUGUUGUAUUCAGUUUGUUUCAUUCUGUGUUCUUACACUGAUUUGUUGUCCAGUAUUUCACUGACUCUGACUAGUCAUUAGACUGGUUUUUUUGUAAAUAAUUCUUGUAAUAAAAUGGGUUAACAUUAAUCAAUGUACUCCUUGUAGCC